CGCGAACCGAACUCCUCAGUCACGCCGAAGUCACGCUAACGCGAGCACGCGAGCCCCGACCGGAGUGAAGAGCCGCAGAAACACUUCCAGAAUGCCGGGUGGACGUCCGUUGUGGCAGGUUGCCGGCAAGCGCAUCCCCGAGGAGGAGGUGGAGGCGCAGCAGUGGAUCGAGAGCGUCGUCGGGGAGAGGUUCCCUCCUGGAGUGCCCUACGAGGCGGCGCUGCGGGACGGCAUCCUGCUGUGCAAGCUGAUGAACCGCCUGCAGCCCGGCAUCAUCGCCAGGAUCAACACCUCUGGCGGCGACUACAAGAUGAUGGACAACCUGGGCCAGUUCCAGAAGGCCUGCACUAAGUACGGCGUGCCCGACGUGGACCUGUUCCAAGCCGUGGACCUCUGGGAGGGCAAGGACAUCGCGGGCGUGACGCGCACCAUCUUCGCCCUCGGCCGCACGUGUUACAAGCACCCCGAGUGGCGAGGCCCCUGCCUGGGGCCGCGGCCCGCCGAGGAGAACCGACGCGAGUUCAGCGAGGAGACGCUGCGUGCCGGGGAGGCCAUCAUCGGGCUGCAGGCGGGCCAAAACAAGGGCGCCACGCAGGCUGGCCAGAGCUUCGGCGCCACCCGCAAGAUCCUGCUCGGCAAGUGAGGGGCCUGGGAACGCGCCUGGCACGCCCCGGCCGAGGAGGCCGCUCACCUCGUGUUUCUUUAUUUUUGUACUUGUCUUAGCAUGUAAGUUAUUUGAUAAUUAAGGAAGAACUGUUACAGUGCGUAACUGUAAAGAUACCAAUGAAAGCAUUUCUUUUGACAGAA